AUGGCCAUUAUUCUGAAGCCAUGGACCAUCCUCUCCGCUCUUGUCUUGUGCCUUCUUCUUUUUCUGGGAACGUUAGUGGACGCAUACCCGCCCAAACCAGAGAACCCCGGGGACGAUGCUCCACCUGAAGAACUAGCCAAAUAUUACACCGCGCUCAGACACUACAUCAACCUCAUCACUAGGCAGAGGUAUGGGAGGAGAUCCACCACUGAGGGAGUUCUGUCAGAGCUGAUGUUUGGAGACAACAUGGAACGUGACCAGAGAUCAAGAUAUGAUGACUCGUACAUGUGGUGA